AUGAAGGACCGUGAUGAUAUAGCAAGGAGGAACGAUGGAAGACAUAAUAGGAGGCGAAAGCGAGCUCCAUUGAUUCCCAGUGAUGUGCUAGACUUUGCAUCGCAACGACUAUUUGUCGUUUCAGCUUUCAUGCUCGUGCAGAGCUGGAAAAUUUACGACCUAAUUCUUGUCAAAUCUGAUCUAGCAUCAUCAUCAUCGGCAGAGCCAACUAGUUUGUCGAGUACCACGUUUUUGCUCAAGUAUGCUGUUAUAGAUGGCCUAUUUUUAUGGCUGCUACCGGUCCUUGCCAUCCCCUACCUCACUUUCCCGCCGUUGAAAACGUUGGCCUUGACGUUGCUACUCAAUGGGUUCACGAUAUUCUUGUUGACCUCGUGGGCGAUUCCGCUCUUGUCAAAUAUCGUCUUGCCUGUGUGGAAGGUGCUCCUUCAGAAGAAAGAAUUGAACAUUGUUGGCGAGUCAAUCAGUCGUGCCAGGGCCAUCGACAUGGACUCGCAUUUCAAGGGCCAAUUGACGAUUCAUUACUUGCCUGAUUCCUCGGCAAAGAUGAACCCUUUUCAAAUGGACCAAACGUGUUUGGGGAUCGAAAACAAGUUUCAAAUCGAUAUGCCCGUGGAGUUCAACACAACUGCGGGGAUCGGGUUUUUGCAAAUUCAGCACACCUCUCCCAACAACGAAGUGCGGCUACAUAACUACACGGGAUACCCUUUGAGUAAACUUUUGAAGAAGAAGUACCAGCAUUUAACAAAGCAAAAAAGCUCGAAAAGCAAAUCCUCAAGUAAAGACAACAUUUUUUUCUUAGAAUUCCCCAUCAAAGAGCCGGGUUUUUAUCGACUCAAAAAUGUGCUAGAUCGUAAAGGGAAUAAUAUCCGCAUAUACAAGUCAGAUUAUGUGGUGGCAGAGUGUCCCCUGGCGAGCUUUUUUUACCCGCCAAACUUUGACAAGUCGAACUCCUUCAAAUGCGUUUCAGCUGCAGUGCUGGACGAGGACACCUAUCCGGUUCCAUGGUUAGAAGUGUCUGGUCCGCGACAUGUGUUUGUAAAGCUAGAUGUAUCUGUCAAUGGCCAGCACUCCAAGUCGCUAAAUAUAAGUGUCGGUCAGGAACUUGCCCGACCCCACGUCAUAACUCCCAACACUGAUUUCCAGUUUUUGAAAUCGCUGAAACUAUUGAGGAAUUCGUUGGAACAAGCGAUUCUUCAGGAUUUGGGCCUGAGCAGUUGGUGGGGCAAGGGCCAAGAGGCGCUUUUGGAGAUUCAAUUGGAUUCCGUUAGCGAUACAUUUGGCAACGUUCAUCGCUACCAGCCACUUUCGAGAGACCCAGAUGUGUGGUUCACGUUGAAAUUGAGGAAAUCGCCAACUCUUGGUUUGAUUGAUCCAAGUCCUCAGCGGAAGCUCACGGUAAACGGCACAAAAACCCUUUUGAUCUCGCACGGAGGCGACUUGAAAAAAGCCGAUUUCCCCGUGCAAGUGGUGAUUGACCACAACGGCUCGAAUUUCACUAAAAUCUUUAAAUCAGAAAGCGAUCUUCGAAAUGGAGUUCAAGUGAAUAGUUCUGGCGCUUACCACUUGAUCGAGGCUCACGAUUCGUUUUGCCCUUGUGAUGUGAGCGCGGCUGCGCUUUUGAACAUUGUGGCAGCCGAUCCACCUACCUUGGAUAUAUCUGCCACGCCCAUGAGCGACAAGUGCCUCGGUGUAGUCGGAUUCAAAUUCGACUUUAACCUCACGGGUGAAGCUCCUUUCAAAGUCCAGUAUCAAAUUUCUUCUGACCGCUCAGGGUCGAUGCGACCCCUUGCGGCCAAUAACGGCGGAAUCAUGAGGGAGAUUGUUUCUGCCAAGCAUGCUCAUUCCUUUGAAUUCAAGCCACCAUCUGAAGGAAACUACAUGAUUUCUUUUAAAAGCGUCAAGGACGCCAACUAUGACCGACGGCCAAUUCCUGUUCUGGACGAAAAGAGGUUUACUUUCCAGACAUACUUUAGACAAGCCUCUAAAAUUUCGUUUAAAUCCCCCUCGCACACGAUUCGCACCUGCCACGGUGUCACGGCCGAUAUACCUGUGGAACUUAGUGGCAGUGGUCCAUUCAGCUUCACAUUUGACUUCAUUGACCCCGAUACCAAGCGGAACUUGGUCAAAACCACAAUGGUGCAGAAUGUCUCUGAUUACACGAUCAAAACUCCAUCCACGUUGAUAGGUAAAACGUAUGAAGUCUCGUUGGGAAAUGCGAAGGACAAGUUUGGAUGUCCUGCGGAAAUUUUGGGACAACAAAGACCGGUGAAAAUUAUUAGCAGACCCGAUGUGCCAGAGGUGGAUUUCGAAAAAGGCGUGGACAGUUUUACAAUUAUCGAAGGAGGAUACGUGGACGUACCGUUGAAGAUCAAGUCCUCUGUGGGACCACGUGGACUUGUGGAGUUGAAGUACUCUCCGCCAAUCAGUUCUAGUUCGAGUUCAAGUUCAAGUUCAAGUUCAAGUUCAAGUUUAUCAUCGGUCGGACCGACCAUCAAGCGCGCUGAUUUGCGAGGGUCGAGCAUUCGCUUGUCGCAGGCGGGGAGUUAUUCUUUGCACAGCUUUAAUGAUGGCUGUCCUGGUAGAAUUCCGAAUCUGCAAAAAGAAAUCAAGGUGUCGUACUAUGAGAAGCCAUCUAUGAUUAUUGAGGCUAAUGAGGGGCAAUAUGAUGCGCUCCAAAAUGCGUUGCGUUUAAAGCCAGUCUGCAGCGGUGGUGAGCACGAGAUCAAGUUGGUAAUGAAAGGCAAGGCCCCAUUCCUUGUGGACUAUCAAAUCAAAUUGCCUAAUGGCAAAAUCGAAUCGCGGUCAAUCUCAAUCGAAGGAAACCAAGUAAAGAUUAAAUUACCCACAAGAGAAAGCGGUCAGUACGAACAUUCGUUCACCAGGAUAUACGAUGCUCGCUAUUCCAAGCAAAGUGGUAUUGCUGCCAAGGCCAAUGUGCCACAGGUGUUGUACAAAGUGAAUGCUCUCCCGAACAUCCAGUUUGCCUCCGAGAACCGCUUUUCUCAAAUAUGUGAGAAUAAAGUCAAAGACGCAGGCGAAUACUUGUUGACCAUACCGGUAAAAGUGUCCAAAUCGUUCCCCUUUGUCGUGGAAGCAGUCAUGAAGGACGAAGAAACUGGGAAAACGCACCCACUCACUUUCACCAUCACCGAUCCAAAUAUACGUCUCACCGCGUCAAGUUUCAUGACCCUUGGAGACUACUCGAUCACGUUGAAAAGUAUUGCUGACGCAAACGGCUGUGUGAACCGCGACGUGUCGAGUCUCAAAUACAUCUUGUCCAUAACCGAGCCUCCAAAUAUAGUCAAUGCGCACCCUGAAAAGACGCAUUAUUGCGUAGGUGACCACAUAGCCUACACACUUUCUGGAGUAACUCCGAUUGAGUUGUCCUAUGAGUACAACAAUGUUGCACGAAAAGUCGUUUCCUCCUCGCACCACUUUGACCGAUUGGCGUCUAGGCCAGGGACGCUCAAGAUCAAGGGUUUGGCCGACUCUGGCGCCAGCCUGUGUGCCGUUUCGUUUGCCGAAGACUCCGAAAAAUAUGCUUCUUUGCAACUCACUGUGCACGAUUUACCAAGCGUCGAGGUCAACAAAGGUGACUAUAUAGUGGAGGAUUUGCAUGAAGGGGACCAGACGGAGUUGAUUUUCACACUUAGUGGCACGCCACCGUUUGAGCUCACUUAUGUCAGGACAAUUGAAGUCAAGAAGGGCAGCAAGAAGAUGAAAAAGUUGUUGGAGAAGGAGACGAUACGCAACAUUAUGGAGCAUGAGCAUGUCGUGUUGGCAAGUCUCGAAGGUACCUACGAGGCUAUUGAGGUCCGGGACAAAUAUUGCAGGGCAGUGAAAACUGUAAAGUACAUAGAGUAG